AUGAGUGAGGAAAAACAAGUUAUCGCGUCCGUUGUGGCGGCAGACGAGACCAUGAGUGGUAGUGAGAAGCCAGUCGACGCCGACGAGCUGAGACUGGCACAGAUGGGCCACAAACAAGAAUUGGAGCGUCACUUUGGAAUUUUCAGUCUCAUUGGCCUCGCCUCGACUACGACCAUCUCAUGGACAGGUCUUGGACUCGGGCUGGUGACUGAGAUUUCCGCUGGGGGGCCAGGAGCCGUUAUCUAUGGCUUCAUCCUCGUCUGGAUCCUUCAGUCCUUCUUGGGCGCGUCGCUCGCCGAAUUCGUCUCCUCCUACCCAACCGAGGGUGCCAUGUAUCAUUGGAUCGCCGCCAUCGCCCCAAAGAGGAUGACAGGUUACCUCAGCUUCGUCACGGGCUGGUGCACUGUCUUCGGAUGGAUCUUUACUGCCGCAUCGACAAAUCUGAUUUAUUCUCAGAAUUUCAUGGCAUUGAUUGCAUUGUACCAUAGAGAUCUCGUGAUCAAGGCCUGGAUGACAUUCGUCGUGUAUCAGGUCUUGAACUUGGCGACGGCAUCGAUCGUUAUGUUUGGCAAUAAGGCCAUCCCCGGGCUCAACCGAUUUUCUCUUUUCUACCUCCAACUCGCUUGGUUCGUGAUUAUGAUCACAGUGGCUGCCACAGCGCCAUCUCACCGGGAUACCGAGUUUGUCUUCAAGACGUGGAUAAACAAGACCGGAUGGGAGUCGAAUGUAAUCUGCUUCAUUACGGGGUUGGUGAACCCAUUGUACAGUCUUGGAGGGCUGGACGGCAUUACUCAUAUCACGGAGGAGAUGCCAAAUCCUUCACGAAACGCACCACUUGCCAUUGUCAUCACCCUCGCCAUCGCCUUCGUGACUGGCUUAACAUAUCUCAUCACCCUCAUGUUUUCCGUCCAGGAUUACGCGGCGCUAGCUACGACUUCCACCGGCCUUCCGCUCGCGGAACUGUUCCUUCAGGCAACCCAGUCAGUCGGCGGUGCUUUUGCUCUGACAUUCAUGCUGUGGAUCGCCAUUGGGCCGUGUAUGGUCGGUUCUCAACUAAGCACUGGGCGCAUCUUCUGGGCCUUCUCCCGCGACGGCGCACUCCCCUUCUCUUCCACCUGGUCUAAAGUUCACCCCACUCUCCGCAUUCCCUUUAACGCCCAGCUUGCCGUCACGGCCAUAAUCGCGAUUCUUGGAUGUUUGUAUCUCGGCUCAUCCACAGCUUUCAAUGCCCUCCUGGGAUCGGCCGUCACCAUCAACAACCUUGCUUACCUAAUACCAAUCCUCACCAACGUGCUGAUGCGGCGAACUACAAUUCACCGUGGCAGCUUCCAUAUGAGCUAUGCCGUUGGGAUGACGGUCAAUAUCAUAACCUGCGCGUGGCUCAUAUUUGCGAUUGUGUUUUUCUCGUUUCCCUACGUGAAGCCUGUUUCUGCGCAAAAUAUGAACUACACAUGUGCCUGUGUUGGAGGCUUCCUCGUGCUGGAGACGGCGUGGUGGUUCGUCGCUGGGAAGGAAUAUACGGCGAAGAUUUUGAAGGCGAGGGAGGAGAACCACGUAGCAGAGGUGAUGGGUCGGGACGAGAAGAGGGAGUGA